AUGCCUACAUUCCAUACACCCUCGCACUCGCACUCGCACUCGCACUCGCACUCGCACGCGCGCACAAACUCGGGUGCGAGCUACCAUGAGGCGGCACCGCGCUUCUCAUUCGCGCCCGAAACAUCCGGGAGACAGGUCAUGGACGCAGAGCAUCACGAGACCCGCAAGCGACGCAACGGCGACUACGACAACACUUCCAUACGCGGCUUCAGCUCACAGCCAUGGACUGGCACUUCCUCGACGUUCCCACAUUUUGAGAGCCCUGCACCCCUCGCGCACGACCGAUACACACUUGCCGGAGGUAGCAUAGAGGCUGCCAACAGCUUCACACGCCAGAACGGAAACUACGACGACUACUUCAACCUCCAGACCCAGCGCGGCAUGUGGUCAUCGCCCGCGAGCCCGUCGAUGCAGCCCAUGGUGCUAGAUCGGCUUGCUUCGACACAAAACACGCCCAACUCCUGGGUUGUCGAUUCGCUGCUGAACAUCGUGGGCGGCGUUGCCGGCAAGCUGUUCCACUUCUGCACCGUGCCUUUCCGAGGAUUCCAAGCUGGCGGCGGUCAGAGCUACGACGCCGACGCGCAGGUCAAGGUUGCAUCCAAGUUGGGGCUGCACGACGAGGCAGAACCGAGUGAGCCGGCAGCUCCGGUACAACAGAUCAGACUCGAUACGCACACAGACGACGACUACGGCGUUCGAUCGAUUGAUUCAGAGGAGACAGAGCGACCGCGGAUGCCGAAGCGCUUGCGCACAGAGGACGCCUGGGUGAUGGUCGGUCAAGAUGAAGCAACAAACUCAAGCCCCAUGGUUACACCGCGGUUGUCUGAGCGACAGAUGCCUCCACCCACCUACACGCCGUCACCCUCGCAGAUUCCGCGCCCACUCUCCCGCACAAGCGCAACGCCGGUCUCGAAACGCCACUCUCUCAUACCCGUCUCCCGCCGCUCAACCGCGAGCCGUACGCCCGUAUACAGCAGCAGCAUCCCCGGCCCCAAGUCACACAACAGAGAGCGAUCGUAUAGUCGACUGAGCUUUGGAUCGCCCAGCACGUCUCAAGACGAGAAAAAGAGAGUCAGCCCGCUGCCGCCCGACAGCCAAAAGCUCAUCAACAAAGUACGGAAGGAGGAGCUGGAGGACGACGCCCGAAUGCGCAGAAUGAGCAGCCAGAUGAGCGCCAUGCUCAAGGAAGCACGCGAGGCGCUCGGCUCCAAAGUCGAAAUCGAAGACGACGACAUGAUGCACCAUUGA